AGGAAUCUAAAGCUGAGGAAAUUGAAGAAAUCACAAAGGCAUCAGAAACAUGAGGAAGUUCCAGAACAAAUCUUCGAGGAGGUAGAAACUGCAGACAUUCAAGUAGAAAUGGAACAGACUGUACCUGAAGAAAUUGAUGAAUCUAAAAUCGAUGAAAUUGAAGAAAUCAUAAAGGCAUCAGAAACAUCUGAGGUUGCAGAACAAAUCUUUGAGGAGGUUGACACUGCAGAAAUUCAAGUCGAAAUGGAAGUAACUCUUGCAGAACAACCAGAAGAAAAUAUUAUUGAUGAGGUUGAAGAGGUUACCAAAGAGUCUGAAACCUUUGAGGUUGCUGAAGAGAUCUUUGAAGAGGUUGAAGUUGCCAAAAUUCAAGUAGAAAUGGGAGAGACUGUUCCUGAACAAAUUGAGGAAUCUAAAGCUGAAGAAAUUGAAGAAAUUACAAAGGCAUCAGAAACAUCAGAAGUUGCAGAACAAAUCUUUGAGGAGGUUGAGACAGCAGAAAUCGAUGUACAAAUGGAAGUGACUCUUGCUGAACAACCAGAAGAAAACAUAAUUGAUGAGGUUGAAGAAGUCACAAAACAAUCAGAAAUCUCUGAAGUUGCUGAAGAAACUUUUGAGGAGGUGGAAGUGGCUGAAAUUCAAGUAGAAAUUGGACAAACUGUUCCUGAACAAAUUGAGGAAUCUAAAACUGAGGAAAUAGAAGAAAUCACAAAAGCAUCCGAAACAUCAGAAGUUGCUGAAGAAGUUCUUGAAGAUGUUGAAGUGGCUAAAAUAGAAGUUGAAAUGACUGAAGCUGUGGCUGAACAACCAAGAGAAUACAAAACUGACAUUACUCUAGAAAUAACUAAAGAAAGCGAGGUGUCGGAUUUGAUUGCCCAAGGUGUUGAUGAAACCGUUACUGAGGACAUUCCACAAGAAUUAGAAGAAACAACCACUGAACAACCAGCAAAAUCGCAGAUUGAGGUAGUAGAAGAAGUUGUGGAAGAUGCUGAUGUUGCCUCUGUUGUUGCAGAGAUUCCUGAAGAAGUUGAAGUCGUUGAGACCAAGGAAGAAUUAGAGAAGACCACUGCAGAAAAACCAGAUGAGUACAAGACCGAAAUAUCAGUGGAGACUCUAGAACAAGGAGAGGUGACAGAAGUUUCGAAAGAAGACAUUGAAGAAAGUCAGAUUUCUUCAGUUACUACUGAGUUGGCAGAAACAACUGCUGAAUUUCCCAGUUCAUUCCAGGUUGAAGAAGAAGCAGAGGUGAAGGAGAUCGAACAAGAGCAACCUGUUGAUGAGGUGGAUAUGACAGUGGUGCAGGAAACAAUUGAAACCUUUGCCACAGAAAUUGCCAACAAAAUCAUUGCAGAGAUCAAAGAGGCAGAAGAAGAAAAACCCAUUGUUGUGGAGGAAGAAAAAGAAACACCUGUUGAAAAAGCAGAAGUUGAACUUGAGGUGGCAGCUCCAGCUCCUAUUGUAGAAGAGGAGGAGGAACUGGAGGCCCCAUCUUUUACUCAACUCCUUACUGACAUCACAGUUAUGGAGACCACAAUGCUUUGUCUGGAGGUCGUUGCAACUGGGCGACCAGUCCCAGAAUUCACGUGGUACACUGAUGACCAAGAGCUUGUGCCUUCGGAAGACAUGCAGGUUGUCACAGAAAAUGGUCGGUCCGUUCUGGUGAUUCAGGAUGUCCUGCAGGAUGAUGAGGGAGAGUAUCGGGUUGAGGCCUUCAACCGGGUCGGACGAUGUUCUUCUAUAGCCUAUGUUACAGUGCUGCCAUCCAGUGCUCCUUCAUCAGAGGCCCCUGAAUCACCUACAGAGGAAAGAGUUGUUUCUGAAAUAUACAAGGAGGAGAUAACCCUUGAACAAAAGGUGCAGCAGAUUGAAGAAGUGGAGUUUGAAGUCACAGAAGACAAAUUCAAAACGGAGAUGACCAUUACAACUAAAACACAACCUGAAGAGAUGGAGGUGGAGGCUCCUAGAGAUGAAACUGAGGUGGUGAUCAGAGAGACUGUUGAUAUUGUUAAAGAAGUGGAGGUAACUCAGGAGGAACGGUUCAGACAGGAAAUUACUGUUGAAAUGGAAACUGAGGAACAGGAAGGAGACAUCAAACGACCAUCACCUGAACUUAUCAUCGAGGAGAGGCCUGUCAUUACACAGGAAGUCAAAGAAAGUGUUGAAAUUGUUGAGGAGAUGGUGCCAGAGGAAAUCAAAGAGAUAUCAAUAGUCGAGACAGAAAGACCAGCCUCGGAAACAACCAUUGAAUUAAGAGAGACUGUCACAGUUCACAAAGAAGAAGAAUCCGAAGUUGAGGAGACUGUGAGUGAAUUCGUUGUUGAAACAUCAUCCGACGAGAUGACCACAGAAGUUGAGAAACCAGAAGAAGAGAUAAUUCAGGAGCUUCGCGAGGUUGUCCAGAUUGAGGAGGAAAAGAUCACAGAGGUUGAAGAACAUGUUGAGGUGAUACAGGAGGUUUCUGCCGAGGAAGGAAUUCCUGAGCGCGAGGUUGAGAAACCAUCAGAAGAUAUUGCUGAAGAACUCCGCGAAAGGAUAAUAGUUGAUUCUGAAAUUCCAUCCAAAGCUAAGGAAGCAGAAUUUACCAUGGAAGCUUAUCAAGAAGGUCUUCCAGAGACUCAGGCAGAAGCACCGGUUGCAGAAAUAACUGAAGAGUUGAGGGCAAGGAUUACUGUGGAUGAAGAAAUUUUAGCAGUGGUAAAAGAACAAGAAGAGGUAGUUGAGGAGACACCUGUUGAAGAUAAGGUGGCAGAAGUUCAGGUGGAAGCUCCUGUUCUUGAGACAACCGAAGAAGCAAGAGCAACCAUUCAGGUGGAGGAGGAACAACAGAGUGUGGUGAAGGAAAUUACAGAAGCAACUGAAGAAACACCUUCAGAAGAAAUCACAACUGAAGUGAAGGUGGAAAGCACCACAGAAGAAGUGACUGAAAUUAUCAGAGAGGUGAUCGAAAUUCAGGACAUAAAAACCUCAGAGACUGUCGAAGCUGAGGAAAUGAUUGAAAUUACCACUGCCGAGGAUAUUCAGCCUCAAGUGGAAACCUGA